AUGGACAUAAACAGCGCCUUCCUCCACGGUGAUCUAAAUGAGGAGGUGUACAUGCUUUUGCCUCCCGGAUUCCACAGUCCAAAAUCGAACCAAGUCUGCAAGUUGAUGCGAUCUUUAUACGGGCUUAAGCAGGCAAGCAGACAAUGGAAUGCAAAGCUCACUGUUGCACUGCUUCAUGAUGGUUUUAAACAAUCAAGGUUAGACCCAUCUUUGUUUACGAGAGGAACGGAAGCCAACUUCAUUGCUUUACUAGUUUACGUGGAUGAUAUAAUCAUGGCUAGUUUUCUGAGAAUUGAAGCAAAGGCAUCAGAUGAAGGACUUAACAUCUGCCAACGUAAAUACGCCAUAGAUAUAUUGGAAGAGGCGAGAUUCCUUGGCUGCAAACCAGCUAGCACGCCAAUGACACAUGGUUUAAAGCUAAGCCAUAAUGAUGACAUUCACAUUGAUGAUGUAAGUAGUUAUAGAAGACUGAUAGGGAGACUCUUAUACCUCACUGCAACAAGGCCAAAUCUCACUUAUGUCAUUCAACAAAUUAGUCAGUUUAUUGAUGCUCCCACAGACAAGCAUUUCUCAACAGCACAUCGUGUAUUAAGAUACAUUAAGAGCUCGCCUGGGCAGGGCCUUUUCUAUCCCAAAAAUAGUGACAUGCAACUAAAGGUCUUCUCCGAUUCAGACUGGGCUGCCUGCUCCGAAAUGCAAAAAUCCAUCACUGGAUAUUGCAUAUUCUUAGGGCAUGCUCUGAUUUCUUGGAGAUCCAAGAAGCAACCAACGGUCUCUAGGUCAUCAUAUGAAGCCGAAUACCGUGCCCUGGCUGCAACUGUAUGUGAAGUGCAAUGGCUCACGUACUUACUUCAAGAUCUGCAAGUGAAGGUUACUAAGCCGACAACAGUCUUCUGUGACAAUAAGUCAGCCGUUGCCAUUGCCGAGAAUCACGUGUUCCAUGAACGCACCAAACACAUCAAUAUUGAUUGUCAUAUCGUCUGA